UGUCGUCUUUAUUUGCAGCAUGGAAAUGCUGCUGCUCGAACGCAAUUUCCCAGCUACAUUUCCAUUUCCAUUCCAUCGAGCUGCAGGAAAAUGGUAAACGCUGCGCCCUUUGUGAGAUUUUCCCCGCAUGACAUUUGCGAUUUUCCGCACAUUUUGUACUUUAUUGAACUGUUUGUCACAUGACGUUUAGUAUUUUGCGAGCUGCGCCAGCUGCAGGCAAAAAUGCUCGCAGAUAUACUCGCUCACAUGAGUACAGUGUAAAUUUGAAGGGAAAACUACUAGUAGAAGGACCUUUAAAAAAGGAACUUUCAUUAAGUUUACUGUCAUUGGCUGCCCAUCAUCAUCAUUGAAUUUUCAUAAACGAAAAAAGGGGUGUUUUGAUGGAGCCUUUAAAAAGGGGGACCACCGACCGACCGACCAAACGACCGACCGCCAGCUGACCCCCUUAUUACUAAGCCAUGUAAACUUGAUGAAAAUCAAAUGGAAAUAAAAACGGACAGCACUCAUAAACAAUAAUAUGGCGAGUGCAGGCAAGCAGCAGCUUUCAAGGAAAACUUUCAAGAAUCCAGAGAAAAACGCGAAGCACACAACUUAAUAAAAACAAAAAUGUAUGAAAUACUUUUACGACUUUCGAAGACAUUUUUACAACUUGCUGGCAAGUUUUGCUAACGAUAUGCGAGAUGCAGCGAAAGAGGAGACUCCGCCAGCCGGACAGGAUAGGAGGCAGCUGCAUUCCGGGGGACCGCGUCCUGGUCAAAUGGAUACGUCGCAUCAUAAAACCGAAAGUCAUUUCGCACAGAACGUGUCUACAGCAAAGUCAUGGGAACGGGAAAUGUCCGGCCAAGAAGCCAAAGUCAUCGCAGCCAAUAAUAAUUCCAAUUGUAGUGCAGUGACAAUUUUCCGUCUAUUCUGUCCAUCGUUGCUCCUUGGCUGCAAGGAAGGAGAUGCUCUCUUUUGGGCACUUUUGGGUACAAUGUACCCCGAACAAUGGUCAGCAGAAGAGCAACAGCAGCAGCAGCGGAGUUUUUAUUGCCCCAAGCUCUGGCAUUUUAAGUGCAGAAAGCCAACGAAGCAGCAGCAGCAUCGGCAGUGGCAACAUUAUUUGGUCAAUGUAGACGACAUGACGCGGCCAUUAAGAGCAACAAAUAAGCAAACAAUAACUAGGAACCGCGCCCAGGAUGAGCUUGGGAGAAAUUAAGAAAAAUGCUUAAGAUGGCUGAGAAAACGGAAGGCUUCCCAUCCUUUUGAUAAUUUGACUUGUCUUUACACAGUAAGAAAAACUGAAUGGAUAUCAUGUGUUUUGAAAAGAAAAUUCCGAUAAAAUAUCGAACAAAAUGUAUCGGAUGAAGUGUAAAAUAUCGAAAAAUUUCGUACUCUACGUUUAAUGAUUAUCAAAAUAUAUUAGAACAUUUUAUUCUAUUCUAUUUUCUAUUAACCCGAAUUUUCUUAUCAAUAAAACCUUCAGUAUAAUGAGCCUCAA